AGUUUAACAAAAUUGAAGGAUUGUCAAUAGACCUUCAACUAAAUUAGUUUUAUUUAUUCUGUUGUGUAUGUGUAUGUGUCAAUUAAAAUAAGUGAGGUAAAUAAAUACUGUAAUAAGUGACCGGUAACUUAUCAUACAUCAAGAGGUUAUUCAAUAUUAGCUGUAUCAUAAUAAGAUAACAGAAAACAAUAUGGCUGAAAAGCAAAAAACCUUUUCGUUAAUACCGAAAAUCGUUAACGGUGGUAUUGCUGGUAUAAUCGGUGUCACAUGUGUUUUUCCACUAGAUCUGGUAAAAACUCGUUUACAAAAUCAACAAAUAGGUCCGAAUGGCGAAAGGAUGUAUAAUAGCAUGAUUGACGCGUUUAAGAAAACAUAUAGGAAUGAAGGAUUUUUAGGCAUGUAUAGAGGAUCGGCGGUCAAUAUAUUGUUAAUAACACCGGAAAAAGCAAUAAAAUUGGCGGCCAACGAUUUUUUUAGAUUUAAUUUACAAACAAAAGAGAAGACGCUUCCAUUAUUUAGGCAAAUGUUAGCUGGAGGUUUAGCUGGACUUUGCCAAAUAGUGAUAACCACUCCCAUGGAAUUGUUGAAAAUUCAAAUGCAAGACGCGGGUAGAGUUGCCGCUCAAGCUCUUUUAGCAGGUAAAACCGUUAAAAAAACAUCAGCUACCGAAUUGACGUUAGGUUUAUUAAAACAACACGGCAUCAUUGGAUUGUACAAAGGUACCGGUGCUACUAUGUUAAGAGACGUUUCCUUUUCUGUCAUAUAUUUCCCAUUAUUCGCCACUUUGAACGAUUUAGGACCUCGAAAGAGAGACGGCUCCAACGAAGCGGUAUUUUGGUGUUCGUUUUUGGCGGGAUGCGCUGCCGGAAGUUUCGCAGCUCUUGCUGUGAAUCCUUUCGAUGUUGUCAAAACUAGGUUACAAGCUUUGACCAAGGCGGAAGGAGAAAGAUCGUAUACUGGUAUUGGGAACGCUUUUGUAAAUAUUUUGAAAUACGAAGGGGUUACAGCUUUUUUUAAGGGUGGUGCUUGCCGAAUGAUUGUCAUAGCACCUUUAUUUGGUAUAGCGCAGACCGUUUAUUACCUUGGAGUUGCCGAAUAUCUUUUGGGUUAUCCAAGAGGAUAAAUGGAGUACCAGUCUUACUAGCGAUGAUUUUUUUUAGCGAUAAGAACAAAUUUUAUUUAUUUUUAUUUAAAAAUUUUUGUAAUUCGUAUAACAUCUUUAUUUCGAUCCCGAAUAUGUUUUUCCACCCCCAAUAUUUGCGAAAAAUAUUAAAUAUUUCGAUUGAUACGUAAACAUAAUUUCGAAAUUUUUUUUUUUUUGAUCAAUUUUUAUAUUUUGAUUUUAUUGUUUCGUUUGAUUUAUUUCAUUCGAAUUGUUUUUUACGAAUGAAAAUUUCAUUGAGACUAAAAACUUUUUACUAUUUUAUGUGUAACUGUCUACUAAAUUUUCGAAAUUUUGGUUUAAAAUUGAUUAAAACGUUGAAUUAUUAUUCCAUUUAUCGUAUUAAUUUUAUUAUAUUACUAUUAUUAUAUUUUCGGGUUUGAAUAUGGUCCGUUCAUGUAAAACCUCCUCCAAAUAUCUUUUGAAUGCAUUUCAGUUAGUUUUCAAUGGCAAAAUUAUAGUCGGCUCAUUCAAAACCUUCCUGAAUCACUUGAAUGCAUUUUGAAAUCCAUUCGUUGAGCUUGUCGAGAAGAAAAGUGGAAAAUUAUCAUGAAAAGGGGUGUUUCCUCACGCCUAUUUUCUUAUUAUCAUAAACGAAUCAGUUUGGGUAUGAUUUAUGGGCAAAAAUUAUAGUCUGUUCAUGCAAAACCCCCCUCGAAGUAGUAAACUGCAUUUUUGAUCGAUUUUGUUCAGUUCAGUCGAAAAGGAAAAUGAUCUCGGAAAGAAAUAUUUUCACCAUAUCUGUUUUCUUGUCAUUUAAUUUUCUAUGAACAAUAUAUAAAGUAUUUAAUGGCAAAAGUUAUAGUCUGUUCAUUCUAAAUCUUCCUGAAUCGCUUAAAUGUAUUUCUUAACAACUUUGUUGAGUUUGUGGGGAAGAAAAGUGGAAAAUAUUCUUAAAAAGGGGUACUUUCCUGAUACCUAUUAUCUUUUUAUCAUUAAUGAAUGAAAAAUGGUAUAUUUAAUGGUAAAAAUUAUAGUCUUUCCACACAAACUUCAUGGAAAUGCUUAUUGAUUGGUUUUGCUGGCAAAUAAUUUUGUUUAAAAUAGUUUUGAACAGAUUUUUCAAUCUAAACUUCUCUUUUACACUCGUUGGAUGUAUUUUUUUUAAAUUAUAAUUUUUUCGAAAAAGCAACAAGUGUAUUGCUCAUUCCAAAUUUCGAUUAUUUUCACACUCGGAAAAAAAUUUAAAAUGAUCUUAAAAAAGGUAAUUUCAUAACAUUUUUUUCCAUUUCUUUGAUAUGUAUGACAAAAAAUUAUAGUCCGUUCAUACAAACUUCAUGGAAACGCUUAUUGAUUGGUUUUUUUGGCAGAUAAUUUUGUUUAAAAUGGUUUUGAACAGAUUUUCCAAUCUAAAUUUUCAAUAAUGAACUUAUUUUAGCACUUUUUAGUUUAAUACCGAUGUAAAAAUCAUUAUAGUAAUCGGUUAAUUUUUUAUAAAACUUCAUUUGAUAGUAAGUUUCUUAGUUCUUCUUACUUUAUCUCAAAAACUGCGUUAGUAAAACAAUUUUUUCCAAAAUUAUGAUUUUUAUUAGCAAAUUUGAUAAGUUUUGAAAUCAUAAUUCUCUUUUGAACUGCCAAGAUCAUUAUUUUAUCAUUUUUAACAAUUUAAAAUACUCAAAUAUGGAAACUACGUCGUAUAAUUUUUUAUUUUAAAGUUAGUAAGUAAAGUUACAAAAUAAUCGGAUUAAUACUCUUCGAAUCUCAUUUUUACUAUAUAUAUAUAUAUUUUUUUUUCAAACGAUAAAACAGCCUUUUAGUAUCAAUUUCGAAAAUUCGAACAGUCGCAACCCCUUUUUAUUUUACUACACAUAUUUUUUUUAAUGUUAUUCAUAAUGAAAAAAAUCAGACAAGAAUCUCAGUAAGGUUUAAGUCAAAAUUUUCACUUGAAGCGAUUUCAAAACUAAUCAAAUGCUUUCCAUUGAGAGAUUUCGAUGUUUUAAUCAAUUGACUACGUGAAAAACUUUUUUGAAAACACUGACAAUAAACUGCAUGCCUAAUAAAAAGAGUUAGAAAUAUUAUUAGAAGAUGAAAAGGCAUUUUGGAAAGUUAAACUGAAAGUACAGGUCCAACUGAAAAAUGAUUUCGUAAUAUAAACGGAUAUAACUGGCGCGGUCAAAAGGAUAUUUACAAGUAUAACUUCAAAAGUAUUCAAGUUCAAUUUGGUACAAUUGUUUCGGUGGGGUUUACCAUAUUUUUCGACAGGUGGCGCUCUGGGUAAAAAUCCGUUCCUGCAGCACUGCAAUAUUUUCCCAGGUCUAGUGAAAUGUAGUUUUUGCUACACUGCAGUCUCGAUAUGUUUCUUUAAUGCAGGAAUAAACGCAGCAGAACCGAUAUAUUAAAUUAAACGUCUCCAGUGCUAGAAUAAAAUCAUUUGACAACAUCCCAUGACCGAUACAAUCCCAUAUAGCAAAUAAUUUGGUGAAGUAUAGAUUGCAAACUCGAUAUGAAUUUCUAUUGAUCUACUAUUGAUCAAGUGGCUCUAAUGCUGGGCAAAAAUACAUUGGGCAACUCUACAGGUAAUCGAGAUUACGCGGGUUUAUUUAAAUAUAGAUUUGGUGACAUUGCACACUAACCGAAACAGAUAUUGAUCGCACUAUCAAGUUUUAUUGAGAAAAUUCUAUUGACCGCGCCAUAUUAUAAAUAAUUAAACAUUAUUGUAGGUAAAAAUUUUAUUUUCACAUGUAGAAAAUGAAACGAAUAUUACGAACAGUUUGAAAACUUUCUUCCCUAUCCUAUUAUUCCAAUAUUGUCAAAUAAAUGUGUUGUCAAUUACUUAAAUCGUGAGUAUGCCGUUAUAGAUGUUCAAUAAACGGAAAUAGUUGAUGUUCA